ACGACAGCGUUUUGACAAACCGAAACCGAGUUUCUGCCGUAGUAGUCAAGUUCGUUCUGUGGAAACGAAGAUCGCCGUUUGAAUUAGACAGAGGUUAAGAGCUCAAGCUAUGAUGGCGAUGAAGCGGCUAUCGAAGAAAUGGAGAAAGCCGCGCGACGACGGCUUCUCUCUCCCCACUCGGGACGAUCCCUCUCUCGACGAUUCUCGUCCCAUGGACACCCAAGAGCAAGAGGAGUUGGUUCGAUCAUUGGAAAAGAGUCAAGCGCUACAGAGUCUCUGUUGGCGGAGUGUAUUUGCGGCAUUUCUCUUUUGCUUUGCUGCCUUCCUCGUCUAUUCCAUACACCAGCAGGCUACAUCUCCAUGGGAAUUGCGAUAUCAUGCUUACUUCAUGGAGGAGGCUCCUUCAUGGAUGAUUAUAUUUGCAGACUGGAUUGCUGUUUUAGCUUGCUCCAUGGCUAUUGUUGGGCUUAUUCAAAACACAAGACAACAUAGACAGUGGCUUUGGUAUUCGUGCUUCACCAGCGUUAUACCAGCAAUGUUUUGGCUGUAUUACUUGUCAAGAAUUCCAAGAUUUCGCUGGGAUGUUUUAUGGCUCCCAUUGGGACCAAUUGGCUGGCAUCUGUCUAUAUGUGGAUUACGUGCUGCACGAAUCCUCAGAAGAAGUGAGAAAACUUCGAGGCUACAUGUAUGCUUAUAAAGCUAGCUGAAGAGUUGAAGAUCUUAAUUCUGCUUUUGUCAUUAUCACUCAUCACUGAAGAUCGAUGGAUUAAGCAGAUGGAUGAAUGUAGUGGGGUGUGGUUCAUACUCCCCAUAGACCGGAAAGCAUGGGGAUACUGCUCAUCGUCGGGGCAAGCAAGGGUCAACCAUGAUAAACCUUUGUGUCUCGAUUUCUCUUGCUUGCCUUAACUCUUUACUCCAUUGUAGAUGUGUACCGAAUUUUAACAAAAUACCUGAGGCUGUUUCGAUCUUUCUUGAA